AUGGCCAAUGAGCUGCCUUUUCCCUGUUGCCCAAAGUUGAGUCCAGCUUGCAGCCCUUUCCAGGAGAUGCUGGGAAAUGUUGUUCUGUAUGGGCUAUUCUAUUAUAUGUUUCUGUUGAUGGAUUUGGCACUUCUGAAUUGUACAGUGCGCCAGAUGGUAAUGUUCAGUGCAACAUGGCCUCCUUCUGUUCAUCAGUUAGCUCAGGAGUUCAUGGAUCCAAAUCCUGUCAAGGUGGUUGUGGGUUCGGAGGAUUUAGCUGCCAAUCAUGAUGUUAUGCAGAUUGUAGAGGUAAUAGAAGACCGUUCACGCGAUGCACGUUUGGUUGCCUUGCUAGAGAAGUACCACAAAUCCCAAAGGAACAGAGUAUUGGUUUUUGUCUUGUACAAGAAGGAAGCAUCUCGUGUUGAAAAUAUGCUUCAAAGAAGGGGUUGGAAGGUUGUCUCUGUACACGGUGACAAAGCUCAACAUGAUCGUACAAAGGCACUCUCUUUGUUUAAGGAUGGAACCAGUCCUCUGAUGAUUGCCACUGAUGUAGCUGCUCGAGGAUUGGAUAUUCCAGAUGUGGAAGUGGUGAUCAACUACAGCUUCCCUCUCACUACCGAGGACUAUGUUCACCGGAUAGGGAGAACUGGUCGGGCUGGUAAAAAGGGUGUUGCUCACACCUUCUUCAUGCAUGAAAACAAGGGCCUUGCAGGAGAGCUUGUUAAUGUUCUUAGAGAAGCAGGGCAGAUUGUGCCUGAUGCCCUCAUGAAAUUUGGCACACAUGUGAAGAAAAAGGAAUCCAAGCUAUAUGGGGCCCACUUCAAAGAAAUUACAGCGGAUGCCCCCAAGUCUAUGAAGAUCAAAUUUGACAAUUCAGAUGAUGAAGAUUGAGUCCCAAGGGAUAUUCCAAGUCUUUAUUUUUAUUUUUUAUGAUUGCACUAAAGAGGCAAGUGGAAUUUGAGAUAGCACAGGGGUAGAUACCUUGAAUACUACACUCUCAACUGGAGUGAAUUUUUCAGAAGAAAGAGGAAUUAAGGUUAAAGUUCAUGAAGCCAGUGAGAACCCGACCAGCGUGUUGAACUUGAACUGUCUGCAGCUUUCUCCUCAUAUUGGAAUGCCAUAACCUGUAUAAUGUAUUAGCAGCCAGGCAAUCCUUACAAAAUUUUGGCUAGUUUGAAGUGACUCCCGCUUGGAGAGUGGUUUAGCUAUUUUUAUUGGUUUAUGGCUAUUAUUUCUUGCAAUAUGUUUACUUGUUUAUCAAGAAUGUGUAUUUUUGACAUUUUUUUUUUAAUUAAAAGCUCUCUCUCUUUAUCUGCUGCUUAUUUUUGGAGAACUAUGUACUCUGUAAUUGUUGAACUUUUUAAACCUCAUCUACUAAAUGCAUGUCACUGUCCAACAGCUUUCUGGAGAA